GCGUAUCCAGCACAAACAAAACGCAAAAUCGCAUCGAAGCGCAUCAUUCCCCGGAAAAGUCGUGAUUUUUCUGUUUCUCCGGUUCAAGGGCGCUUAUUCCGCUGAAAAAUGCCGUACGCCAACCAGCCAUCGGUCACGAUUACCGAGCUGUCCGACGAGAAUGUGAAGUUCAUCAUCGAGGACACGGAUUUGAGUGUCGCAAAUAGCUUACGCCGAGUGUUCAUUGCCGAAACGCCAACGUUGGCCAUCGAUUGGGUUCAACUGGAAUCGAACACUACGGUAUUGGCUGACGAGUUCCUUGCUCAUCGGAUCGGGUUGAUUCCGCUGAUCUCGGAUGAAGUGGUGGAACGGAUGCAGUACAGCAGAGAUUGUACCUGCCUCGAUUUCUGUACCGAAUGUAGCGUUGAAUUCACAUUGGAUGUCAAAUGUAACGAGGAACACACUCGGCACGUUACCACGGCUGAUUUGAAAUCGAGUGAUCCUCGCGUUUUACCGGUAACAUCCAGACAUCGGGAAGAUGAGGACAAUGAAUACGGAGAAGGAACAGAUGAAAUCCUGAUUAUCAAGCUUCGCAAAGGGCAGGAGCUGAAGUUGCGAGCCUACGCUAAGAAAGGAUUCGGCAAAGAGCACGCCAAAUGGAACCCGACUUGCGGAGUUUGCUUCGAGUACGAUCCGGAUAAUUCGAUGAGACACACACUGUUCCCAAAACCAGAUGAGUGGCCAAAAUCGGAACACUCGGAGCUAGAGGAUGACAAACACGAAGCCGAUUUCAACUGGGAGGCUAAGCCGAACAAAUAUUUCUUCAACGUCGAGUGUUCCGGAGCCCUGAAGCCGGAGAAUAUCGUCAUGAUGGGAGUUCAAGUGUUAAAGCAUAAAUUGGCAAAUCUCCAAACUCAGCUGAGCCACGAAACGCAGAGUGAUGCGCUGGCCAUUUAAGGCUUUGACUUAUAAUUUGUUUAAAACGUAUUAAAGUAUUGAGGAACUUCAA